UCCGUAGCAAUGUAAAACUCAAUGGACUUUAAACUGAUUUAAAUAUUGCUGGCUCAUUACAAGGGGUUUAUAUAAAAGCUUCGACUAAGUGAAAAGCCUACUUCUUAAUUUACCUUCACCAAUUUCAAAUUUGAUCAAAAUGACGAGACCAGCCGAUUUACGUUUCGACGGUCGUGUAGUUGUGGUGACAGGAGCUGGAGCAGGUCUGGGUCGUGCGUACGCUUUACUGUUUGGUUCAAGAGGCGCCAGCGUUGUAGUAAAUGAUUUAGGCGGAGGAAGACACGGUGAUGGGAGCAGUACCAAAAGUGCAGACACAGUUGUCCAGGAAAUUAAGAGAAACGGUGGUAAAGCAGUUGCCAAUUAUGAUUCUGUUCUUGAUGGUGCAAAAAUCAUUAAAACAGCUAUUGAUACUUUUGGACGAGUUGACGUAGUUGUUAAUAAUGCUGGAAUUUUAAGAGACAAGUCUUUUGCAAAAAUGACAGAAACGGACUGGGAUUUGAUACAGGAUGUUCAUGUAAAAGGUGCUUACAAAACUACUCAAGCUGCUUGGCCUUACUUCUCGAAGCAAAAUUAUGGUCGUGUAAUAGUGACAGCAAGUAACAGUGGAUUAUAUGGAAAUUUUGGACAAUCAAAUUACAGCUCAGCAAAAAUGGGUCUGGUUGGUCUGGCUAAUACUUUAGCCAUAGAAGGCAGGAAAAGAAACAUACAUACAAAUGUAAUAGUACCAACUGCUGCUUCUCGUUUGACAGAAGACAUCAUGCCACCAGACUUUCUUGAGCAUUUAAAACCCGAGUUAAUAGCCCCGGUAGUUGCUUGGCUGUGUCAUGAGAGGUGUAUGGAAAAUGGUUCUAUUAUUGAGUCUGCAUUAGGAUGGGCUGGAAAAUGUCAUUUGAUUCGUGCAUCGGGAACCACUUUAAGACAAGAUUUAUCAACCAGCAUCACCCCAGAAGAUGUUGAACAAAGGUGGGCAGCCAUCACUGACAUGUCGUCUGCUAAACAUUUUGACACCAUAGAGGAAGUAACAGGACAGUUUAUGUCUGCAAUAGGAGAAAUGAAAUCUGGAAAUUCUAACUCUGGAAACUCUAACUCUGGAAAUUCUAGUUCUGGAAAUUCAGCGCCGGAUGUCUUUCGGCAUACUUACAAUUACCGGGACACAAUAUUAUACGCAUUAGGAGUCGGUGCUACGGUACAAGAACCGUCUGAUUUGCGUUAUUUGUACGAGAAUCAUGAUAAUUUUGCUGCGUUACCUACGUUCUAUGUUCUUCAUGGGCCAAUGUAUACAAUGAGUUCCACAAUAUUCGAAGAUGGUCUUCCUGGCUUACAACUGGACCCAAUGAAGAUGUUACACGGAGAACAAUAUAUUGAAGUGUAUAAACCUGUGCCAACGGAAGCUACUGUAGAAACAAAGUUUAAACUUUUAGAUGUGCUCGACAAGGGAUCGGGUGCUGUGUUUAUAAUACAACACGACACGUUCGAUACUGUCACCGGAGACAAGCUGUCCACUGGGCAAAUGUCGGUAUUCGCAGUAGGAGCCGGUGGAUUUCAGGGAAAACGAACAUCUUCCAACAAUAUAACGUCCGUUGAUCCCCCUAAUCGAAAACCGGACGCGUCGGUCACCCAACAUACUAGUUUUGAUCAGGCAGCGUUGUACAGAUUAAGUGGCGAUAACAAUCCCUUACACAUCGACGCAAACAUGGCAAUGAUUGGUGGCCAUAAAAGACCAAUUCUACAUGGAUUGUGUUCUCUUGGAUUUGCUGUUCGUCACGUUCUUCAAACUUACGCCGAUGGUGAUCCAAAUCUAUUUAAAGCUAUCAAGGUUCGUUUCGCGAAACCCGUACUCCCGGGUCAAACUUUGCGAACUGAUAUGUGGCAGAAUGGGAACAGAAUACAUUUCCAAACUUAUGUCACAGAAAACAAUGUACCAGUUUUGACAGGUGCUUAUGUUGAUUUGAAAGACACGAAAGUCAAAGGACCCCAAGUAAGUCCUCCCUCAAGUACUGAAAAUCUUGAGAGCGAUGCAGUAUUCGUGACCAUUGGCGAUUACGUGAAAGCAAAUCCGGAAGAAGUCAAGAAGAAGGUGAACGGUGUUUUCCUUUAUCACAUUUUAGUGGACGGAAAGCCGCAGGGAAAAUGGACUUUGGACCUGAAGCAAGCCGAAGUAUAUAAAGGAGAGCCAAAAUCGGGAAAACCCGAUACGACAUUGACAAUCGAGAACGCGGACAUGAUUCAAUUGGCUUUGGGUAAACUAAAUCCACAAAUGGCAUUCAUGCAGGGAAAACUAAAGAUUACUGGAAAUAUCAUGCUCACACAAAAAUUAAAGUCUCUCAUGGACGCCGCUAAAGCGAAAUUGUAAUACCACAAAUAUUUGUUGAUCAGUUAUAUCACAUUAUAAUUGUUGUUAUAUUUUUAUACUUUUAUAAUUUACAAAUAAUGUAAUAUGGUUGGGGAUAGAACGAUUGUAGCGUAAGUAUUAGUACAUACAUCUUUUGUACAAAUGGCUUUAAAAAAUAAUAGUAAUUU